AUGGCUGAUUUGUAUUCGAUUAUAGUACUGAUGGAGCAUUUGGAAAAAGCCUUUAUUCGAGACUCUAUUACAGCAGAAGAAUAUACACCUCAAUGUGCUAAUUUGAUUGCCAAAUACAAGACAACCAUGAACUUUUUAUCAGAAUCUGUCGACAAUUUAGAGACAUUCAUGAAUGACUAUAAAUUGUCUUGUCCUGCUGCAGUGAAUCGAUUUAAGAUUGGUGUGCCUGCUACUUAUGAACAUGCUAUUGAUGACAAACAAAAAGAAGUAGGCAAAUCUGCUAAAUAUAUUGCAGAGACUGUAUUGCACUUUAUUACGUUGAUGGAUACACUGAGGUUAAAUCGAUAUGCAGUCGAUGAAUUACAUCCAAUUUUAGCUGAUUUAAUCCAAUCACUCAACAAAGUACCUGGAUUGACACCCGAUUUUGAAGGCAAACAAAAAGUCAGACAAUGGCUUAUUACGCUUCAUUCAAUGAAAGCAAGUGAUGAGAUUACAGAAGAACAAGCAAGACAACUCUUAUUUGAAAUGGAUCAAUCUCAUUCUGAAUUUCAUCGUUUACUCAGUGGGGAUCAUAAAGAAGUUGAAUAA